AAUUGUGGCGCGCCUACCCAACCCAGACAGCGGCCUGCCUGUCAGUGCCUGGGAUGAGUGAGGUCAGUAACGUAAGUGCGCGCGAGACCUUGUCUGGGCCACGUAGCGAUGGAUCUACAGUAGCACUGCUAACAUAUCAGUGUCAUACAUUCUAAAAAUGCAUUAGUACAAACACAUUUGGAAUAGGAUUAUCAAACAGUGGUGAACUGCAACAGUAGCUGGCUCUUUUUGUGCGUCUGCAGCACUCCAGAAUCCCUUGCAACUGAUUGCACGAAAUGAGAAAGAGGGCGCUCUCACCGAAGGUAAGGCGGCAGAUUGCAGAUGGCUCCUGAAACGAGGCACAGAAGUUCCGACUGCGGCUCAAAGUCCGGCGUGAAGCUCCCCCUCAAGACGGAAGAUUAAAGGCUGAAGCCCCGACGGACAAUAUAACAUUGACAGCCUCGAGCGAGAGACUAACCUGAGAGGCUUUAUCAGCGGAGAGACCGAAACCUCAGAGGUUGAAGAGCGGACACCCCAGCUUCCAGAGAAGCUUUGAGAGUCGAGCUCAACAGAAGCCUAUGGAACAAAGCUGUAGCAGAAUGUCACUCGCGGUCUGUCCUCAGUCUUAAGCAUGGAUGCCCUGUUUGAAUCUGGGUGACGCUUUCUUCCCUUCCUCCUUCCUGUCUCCUCAGUGGCGGGAGGGGUGGGGGAUUGCUUCCGUUCCCCCUGCCCCUCCUUACAACAUAGCGAGGGUACUCUCACAGUUUAAGAAUACCAACACUGCUAACAAACCUUUGGCUGUGCUUCAACUAGCACUACUACAGUCUCCCCCUCCCUCACACAUGAAAUCCUGCCAGAGCCUGAAGGGAGAGGUGUCCAGCCCAGGUGGGAUGUCACAGGAGGGGCGCAGAACGCAGCAGGUGGCCCAGUCCUACUACCAUUCCCCCGCCCCAGACCUGGACCUAGCGGGCAAGCUGUACAAGCGGGAGGGCGGGGGCAAGCCUUACUCUGUGCUAGUGGACAACAAGAUGGCAGCCAAGACCCCCAUGGGUGACCAGACCCCCAGUCAGUUGUCCCCACAGCUGACUGGGGGUCUGCUGUCCUCCCAGCAGCAGUACUACAGAGAGGGGACAGUAGGGCAGGAGGGGGGUGCGCAGAGUUCCCAGGCAGGCAAUGGGGGCACCUCCGAGGACUCUGAGGAAGAAGAGGAGGAGGAGGAGUCCUUCAAGCGGGAGCAGAUCAUCGUGGAGGUCAACUUGAACAAUCAGACACUUAACGUAUCAAAGGGGGACAAGUCCGCCCCCCAAACUGAUGCCUCAGAGAGACACUGCAGCGAAGAAGAAGAAGAGGAAGAGGAGGAGGAGGAAGAAGAAGAAGAGGAGGAAGAUCUGGAGGAGGAAGAAGAGGAGGAAGAAGAGGAGGAAGAAAUAGAGAGCCGCAGAACGAGAGCCAAGCGGGUCCGGCGUGGGGUGGCCCCCGCUACCAGUCAGCCCCGGAGGAAGACCCAGUGCACUGCUCUGGGCACCACCGGCAUGACCACCAGGGGCCGACGGAAGAAGACCACCCAGCCGCCCAAGAGGACGCGCCGGACUGCCAGGGAGGGCAAGGGGACCCCAUCCUCAGCUGGCUCUGCCACGGGGGAUAAAGAGGAUGGGGAGGAGCGGGAGACGCUGGCGUGUGAAAAGUGCCCCCGUGUCUUCAACACCCGCUGGUACCUGGAGAAGCACAUGAACGUCACACACAGACGCAUGCAAAUCUGUGACAAGUGUGGCAAGAAGUUUGUCUUGGAGAGUGAGCUGGCCUUACACCAGCAGACUGACUGUGAAAAGAACAUCCAGUGCGUCUCCUGUAACAAGUCUUUCAAGAAGCUGUGGUCGCUGCACGAGCACAUCAAGAUCGUGCACGGCUACGCAGAGAAGAAGUUUGCCUGUGAGAUCUGUGACAAGAAGUUCUACACGAUGGCUCAUGUCCGCAAGCACAUGGUUGCUCACACUAAGGACAUGCCGUUCACCUGUGAGACCUGUGGCAAGUCGUUCAAGCGCAGCAUGUCCCUGAAGGUUCACUCGCUGCAGCACUCUGGGGAGAAGCCCUUCCGCUGUGAGAACUGUGCCGAGAGGUUCCAGUAUAAGUACCAGCUACGCUCCCACAUGAGCAUCCACAUCGGACACAAGCAGUUCAUGUGUCAGUGGUGUGGCAAGGACUUCAACAUGAAGCAGUACUUUGACGAGCACAUGAAAACACACACCGGAGAGAAGCCGUUCAUCUGUGAGAUCUGUGGGAAGAGCUUCACCAGCCGGCCCAACAUGAAGCGCCACCGCCGCACCCACACAGGAGAGAAGCCCUACCCCUGCGAGUUGUGCAGCCAGCGCUUUCGCUUCUCCAACAUGCUCAAGGCCCACAAGGAGAAGUGCUUCCGGGUCACCAGCCCUGUGACUCUGCAGGCCAGCAGCCUCCCACUGCCUCUCCACCUCUCUGCCCCCUCCUCAUCUGGCCCCGGCCCGGGCCUCACUCCGUCAGCUGCCACCACCUCCGCCCCUCUGGGCCUCAGCCCGGCAGGAGGGGCUCUUCCCCCACGCGCCCCCGUGGGACACGCCACCUUCUCCCACCUGCACAUGACCCCCUCUCACCAUCUCCCUCACCACCACACGUCGCAACAGCAGCAGCAGCAGCAGCACCACCCCGGCACGCCCCUGCAAGCACCCCCUCUCCCCCACCACCACCUGCCUGUGCCCCCUGUCUCUCCUCCCCCUGCCCUCUUCAAGAGCGAGCCCCUCACCCACUGUGGGCAGGAGGACAGCAGCUACCUGCGUUACAUGGCACCGCAGGAUAAAGGGCCUGGGGCCCCCCAGCAUCACUGAACCCUAUGUGGGCCCUGGGCUCCAGGCCUGCCUGCCACACCUCGAUUACCCCCACCCCAACUCUCCCUGGCCCCUGGUGUAGAACGGCCCCUCGAAUACUGAUAUGAACAUGACACUCACAGCUCAGUACACACCAGUGUGUGUGGGAGAGCGUGAGGGAUACAGACAGGUACACUUUCAGUCUACACUUUAGAUAAGUGAGUGACCCACUUAGCUAAAGACCCAAGUCAACUGACACAGAUUUUUACAACCUCUUUGCUCAUAUCUUUUCUUGUGAAAAUAUUCUUCGAAAAUCCUGUGUUCUUAGACAACCUGCCUCCCAUGGUAGAAGGCUGUGUGUGUGUGUGUGUACCGGUAUGUGAGUUAUCCCUUGUUUGUGUCCAUUUUAUCCUCUCCACUGACAGCUGCUAAUGUCAUUAUUCUACUAGUGGUUCCUUAUCCAGGUAGCGGGUCAGAACAGAUCCAUUUCAUCAAACUUAGUCCUUCGCGUCGACUGACUUUAACAACGGUUGCACAAUUCGGGGGAGUUGUAAGUCCUGGUCCUAAGGCUGACCUGUUUACCAUCCUGGUGCCAACUGGGUCUCCCACUGUCACUCCCUAAGGAAUUCCACACUGGCUCUACCAGCAGUAGGCCAGGAAUCACUGCCAUAGGUCACAGUGGGGAGGUUAGAAAACGCCUGUUAGUGCUACUGCUUGUCUGUUGCAACAGAGAUUCUGGUUAAUUGGUGCUUUCAUUGCAGUACUAGACAUAUUUCUUAUACACAGGCUAGAUCUCGUAACAUCUGGAGUGUAAUGUAACAGUGUGUGGGAUUGGUUGUGUUGUUGUUAUGCAGUUCUGGGAUUUGUCUUCUUGACUGACAUGUACAGCCUUUAGAGCUGACAUGGUUAGACGUUCCCAACAGAACAAACGUGAUGAACCUGAACGUGCUGUCAUAUAUACACACACACACACACACACACACACACACACACACACACACACACACACACACACACACACACUUCAAAAAGCAGUACGUCAUCACUGGUCUCACGUCACACAAAAUGCUUGUCAAGAGAUUAUUUUAUUUGUUUGUCUUCUGUAAUCAAAACAGUUCAAAUACCGCCACUGUGACGGGUUAUCACAUACGACCCAACCUGGACCUCGCAUGUAUGUCUCUUCUGUCUCUCUUUCUCUGUCUCUCGCUCCUCUGUCUCGCUCGCUCGCUUUCUUUUUCUCUCUUUCUUUCUUUCUUUCUUUCUUUCUGUCUCUCGCUCCUCUGUCUCGCUCGCUCGCUUUCUUUCUUUCUCCGUCUCUCGCUACUCUGUCUCUUCCCCCGCUGCUGCUGCUGAGAUAAUACGGGUCACCCUGUAAAAGGUCAUUAAAACACAAGGUUCUGACCUUUUCAGCACAACUCUUAACUGAAAAAUCUGUAUUUUUAUUCCAACCAGCCUAUCUUCCACAGCUUGGUGUGGAGCAGGACACGUUUUGUUGUUGUAAUGUAACCGGUCUGUUCUCCUUAGUGUUACAUAUACUGUAUAAGGUUACGCAAACAUUGAGGCCCUAUCUCACACGUUGGCAAAUAAUGAUGAAUCAAAACAUGUUGAAUGUUGCCUAGAUGUAGUGAUACAGGCUAACGGUUUAGCAAUCAAACGUGUUAUUUUCUAGUGCUAUUUUCUGGAAAUAUGUUACAUUCAGUUUCAGACUGAAGAAUUGUUCCCAUCUCGCUCGGAACAUCCUGUUGAGUGAUCGGUUGGAGGAUUAUGUCUAACAUGCGUUUCAAUUUCUGGUGUUGGAUACAUUUACUCAAGUUGUACAUUCACUCAAAGAAAUCCCGUUUGCAUAUGUAACCUUUUUUUAUUGUGUGAAUGUUCCCGCUGUCCCAUUGUAUGAUGUUCUGACUGUCCGGUUGUUGUUCGUAUUGAUGAAUGACCGAGAGAGAUUCUGUCUUGUCAGAUUGUUGGUAGUGGGUUUGUAGGAUGUUGUCCACCCCCACCCCACUCUUCUCAGAUAAGACUUGAUUGUUGAGGAGCAAUGUUAAGGUGUGUGUUUGUCUCGGUAAUGGCAAAAUGGAACCCCUAUGGUGCUGUUGUAACAAAAGCUACCUUUACACAGUCUGGCCCUGGACAUAUUCUGUCUGUCGUUCAACUCUCUGGGUCUCUCCCUCUGCACUCCCUGCUAAAGCCGUGCCAUCUGUUUGAAGGGGGUUCUGAGGUUGAUUUUGUACACACACAAGAAUAUGUCUGACAUGUUUCUGUGGAUUAACACAUAAUGGGUAUAGCAUAGUGGUGGAUCAGGCUGAGUAGUGGAUCAGGUUACUGUUUGUAUAUUGGGAGAAACUGAAGAGGAACAGUAGCAUCCAUUAGCAAGUCCCUGUACCACCUUGAGUUGUGGGUAAUUUCCCAUUGGAUUUGGUUUACCAGAUGCCCACCCUCUCGAGAGCUACAACCAUUCUGCCAUUACUGUGGGUCUGUUAGUUGGGCCUCAGUAUCAGCUUAACCAUGAGUUACUUACUGUUUUUCAUGGCGUUUCAGUAUGAGGCUUUUUUUCUUUCUUUUUUUUUUUUACGUUGGUUUUAAAAAGCUUUUCUAUUUGUGUGUAUCCUCUGCACUUUACUGCUGCGUGAGUGAGUCGCAGUGAAGGGAGGGACUGACAAUGCAUUGUGUGAGUGAAGUGAUGUGUUGGUUCAUGGAGGAGGGAGGCGGUUGGUUUGGUGAGCGGCCGUUUGAGUAAGGAAAAGGAGGAGAAUCAAUCUGGAGGUGGAUAGCGUGGAAGGGCCAUGGCAAAAGGAAAUGUUUUGUUUAGUUCAUAUAUUUGUUUUGUUUUUAAAUUCCUGUAAGUCAAUAGACUGGCUCGAAUAUGGACUCCCAAAGAGUGAUCGAGUAGUGUUGUUCCUCCUGCUUUGGUGAUUUUUACACUAGCCCCUCCCUGCUUCAUCUGAUCUGAAAUACAUUGAGGUGUUUGUCUGCCUCAUAUCCAGAGGUUCCUCUUUGUUGUGUAACAUUUUCUCUUCCGAUUUACUGUAUGAUUCUCCUCCUUUCAUAUUUGUUAUAUAGAAUGCACUUUUGACUAAAAUCCUGGCUAGUUAAGAAAAAUAACAAUGUAUAUUCUUUAAAGAUGUAAAAAAAAAAAUGUAAAAAAAAAAAUCAAUAUACUUUUUCCCCUCAAGUAUUUUUAACCACUUAAUGUAGCAUUGCAUAUUUUAUUAUUGUGAGUAUCUGGUACAAAAUUGUGCAGCUUUAUACUGUCCUGGGUUGUUUUUUUGUUGGGGGUGGGGGGGUUGUUUUGUAUGUUUGUUUUUGGAGAUUGAGGAGAAGUUGUAAUGUUGGGCCUUUUUUUAAUAAUGUACAUUUAACGGACUCUGCUAACUUUCAGAAGUAAAAAACGAGUAGCCAUAAUUAUCACA